AUGCCUGAGGCACCCGAAAAUCACGAUGACGACCACCGACGCGCCCACUUCGCACAGCUGUUCCGAAAGACAGAUGCCAAGAUCGCGUCGCUAUUUGCUGACGAUGGCGACUACAAUGAGUCCGCCAUCGAAUCGUUGAAGCGACCUCCGACCGCCGCCGAGGUCUACAUACCCCCUGCCACCGACCAUACCCCUAUACAACAACCGCCACUCAAAAAGGCGAAGCGGGUCAUCAUCGACGACUACGAUGAUGAUGACGAGGAGGAGUCUGAGGACGAGGAGGGUGAGCACAGCGCUGCCGCCGCGACCCAGCUCCAGAAUGACAAUGCUGCCGCCGCCAAGACGUACCUCUCCCCUUCCAAAUCCGGCAGUUCCCCAGUCCACUCCGUCCCUUCCCCGGGGAAAACCGGCGACAAGUCGAAAGAAGAUGCCGCAUCGCAGGGCAAGGAGAAGUCGUCCGAGGAUGCGCGCAAGGAACUAGAGGAGGCCCGGAACGCUACCGAGGAGGCUGCCAAGCGCAGCUUCCACACCAUGUUCUACACCCUUGAGAACGACCGCAUGGCCAUGCUGGAGCAGCAGCAGCUGGAAGAAUCGGAGAAACAGAUACAGGCAGAGAUGGACAAGAACGGUGGGAGCGCGAAUGACGGCCCCGGACCGAACCACGGAACCCUGAGCAGCGCGAACCUCGGCGCGUCCAGCCUCACACUCAAGCACCUGAUCGCCAGAAUAGAUCUGAAGCGCAAUCAGGUUCAGGCCACCGAUCAGGAGCUGCGCAGCCUGAUGAAUGAGGUUAGGAAGAAUCGUUCGAAAUGGGCGAGCGAGGAAAAUGUGGGCCAGGAGGAGUUGUACGAGGCCCUCGAGAAGGUCCUGAGCGAGCUCAAGGCACACACCGAGUACUCGACACCGUUCCUGACAAAAGUCAGCAAGAGGGACGCCCCGGAUUAUUACUCUGUCAUCAAACAGCCGAUGGACCUCGGAACGAUGACCAAGAAGCUCAAGCAGCUGCAGUACAAGUCCAAGGCCGACUUCGUGACGGAUCUGAACCUAAUCUGGGAUAACUGUCUCCGAUACAACCAGAAUCUGAGCAACCACCUCCCUCGGCUGGCGAACGGCAUGCGGAGGGAGGCAGACAAGCUUAUUCCGCUCAUACCAGACAUCAUCGUCCGACCGCGAGCUGAGGUCGAGGCUGAGGAGCGGCGCAAACAGAACGGCGGCGAGGAUGACGGUGGUGAUGACAGCGACGACGAGCCCAUUAUCACAUCUCGUGGCCGAAGCAACGCUGUCAAGGGAGCUACCAAGUCCAGAACCGCUCCAGCUGAUCAGAAGGAAGCCACACCCAGUAACGACUCAAAGCCGACUCUGCAGAUCAAUGGGAUCCUCGCAAAGACGGGACGAGAGGGCUCGGAGAUGGGUGAUGGCAGCAAUGGUUUCGGGACACCUCCCGUUGGGUCCUUUACGCCUAUUGGCCCGCACGGGCAGUCUAAUACCAGCAACGCAGAUGCCAUGGAGAUCGAUGGACCGUCCCUGAAUGGCAUCGGCCUGAGCCUUGGUGAGGCUGCGGAGCAAGAGUUCGAGGACGAAGAGUACAAGAUCUGGAAGCAGGUCACCAAGAAGGACCGUGCACUGAUCGCCCGGGAACGACACAAUCUCUUCAAGGACAACAAGCUCAACGUUGAUGAACCUGCAAUCCUGCGAAAUAAAACCAGCAUGCGACGUGUUCUGAGACGUCUCAAGCAGGCAGAUGUCGAGGGCAGCGCCGCAUCGAGCGGAGAGUCCUCAGCUGCGGCGGCCAAAGAGACCACCAAGGUUUCCGAGACAUUGGCCGAAGGUAUGGAAGUGGAGGAUGACCAUGUCAUCCCUGACUAUUAUGAGGCUUGCAACCUGCUUCCAGAUGUCAUUCCAAAGCUACAAUGGAUCGAAGACGACGAAGGCCAGGUAAUCAACCAGCAUGAGGAUGUCUUGCGUUUGGUACCACCGGGACAGUUCGUCGCCCCGGACAGCAUCUUGACCAAGAAGUUCCGCGCAAACCUCCGCCAGAUGCAGGAAACGCGCAAGGUCUGCUCCAAGAUCGGCGUCAUCAAACAGAUGCAGAUCCAAACGCAAGUCUACGCGAACCAGUUUCCCAAGUACGAGCCCGAACCAUUUCUGGAAGCUGAUAUCGAGCCGCAUUUCGUUGCUGGGGAGGGACCGGUCAUGGCACCUGAGGUGUGCCGGUCCGCCUUGAAGCGCUCUGUCGCACAGAUCUUCUACCAUGCUGGAUUUGAGGAGCUCCAACCGUCUGCUCUCGAUGUAGUCGCCGACAUCGCUGGUGACUACUUUGGCAAGCUCAUCCACACAUUCAACGUGUACAGGGAGGCAGAUAAGGUCAAUGCUAGUGGCAAAUGGGCCGAGCGUGGUGCGAAAUCCCAGCCUCGUUUCACCUCCGAGGAGGUCAUCCUUCAUGCUUUGAGCGAGAGCGGACACAGCAUGGAGGCCAUCGAGGGCUACGCCAAGGAUGAUGUCGACAGGCUCGGCAGCAAGCUUGGGGUGAUCCACGAGCGUAUGAAGUCGCAUCUUGCUGACCUGCUGCGGCCGGCGCUCAACGACGCUGGUCCUGAUGGCGCUGGUGCUUUCAAGGACGGCAGCGACCAGUUUGUUGGAGGCGACUUUGCUGAGGACCUUGGCGAGGACUUCUUUGGUUUCAAGGCCCUCGGCCUUGUGGAAGAGCUUGGCCUUGACAUGCUCUCUGUGCCACUUCACCUCCUGCAGUCUCGCGUCCGCAACACGUUCCAAGCGCAGACACAGACCGUCGACGCAGAGGUACAAGAUCUCUUCGAUGCGCUGCCUCCCGCGGAGCCUGUCACGAAGGACAACAUCCAGGGUCAGAUCGGACUGGUUAAGAAUUUCUUCCUGGCCAAGCUGCACGCCAAUGCCGACCAACCCUUGGUGGAGGAUGAAGACCUCCCUGUUAAGCAGAGGCGGCCUCGUCCCCGUCUUGGUGCUACCGGCAAGAUCGUGUCUCCACAAAAGCGGCCUCCGAAGGAGCAGAUCGCCCUGGCGAAGAAGAAGAAGAAGCUUGAGGCCGGCAAGGUGCAGGUCACGGAUCCGAAACCAACUGGCAUCAGCAAGAUUCCCCUACCCAAGGCCCCCGAAAUGGAACGCAUGGACAGCACACAAAGUCAGGGUGUCCCGAGCAGCCCACCUGGGCCGGGCGAUAAGGACGACGUUGUGGGUAUGUUGAGUCCUGACAGUAGCGGGCAGUAG